AGAUCGUGGACGUGGUCGGGGGAGGCAGGUUGGUGGCAUCGUAGGUGGAGAGUCGCGUGCAUUUCGCACCUGCUCGGCUCGCAACGCGCACGCGUCCAGGUAUACGACGUAGCGGCGCGCACAGGCCUCGGCUGGCGCGACGUCGAGCUUUCGUAGUCGGCAUCGGCCAUCCGCGACGCCAACUUUCCCUCCGAGACGCUCCUCGUCGCGCCUCCUCCUCUUUCUCCAACCAAACGCUUUCGCUCGCCCCGUAAACGUAAACGUUCGCGACGAAUUUUCGAAUUUUCGCGGCCGCCUCCUCCUCCUCCCCCGCCGCGAUCCAUGUUUCCCCCUCGCCUCCCUCCGCCCCCCCUUCUCGACCGAUCGAUCGAUCUCACCGGAUCCGGACGCUGGCUCGCGAAAGGACGACGAACCGUGUGCACGACGACUCGAUGAACCGGAACCGGUCUUGGCAGGAAUAGCCGCUAACGGCGGCGUUGCGGGACGGGGUGGUGGAGGGGUUAGUUUCCUCAGAGACGAGGGGAAAGAAAGAAAGAAAAACUGCGCUCGAUGAUCGUGGAUCGCGACCAUCGAAGAAGAAGGUGGAAUACGACGACCGGGAAAAAUAGGGGAACGAAUUAUCCUGGAUAGACGAAAGUGGAGGCACGGGAUCCACGAUCGUGGGCCAACCAACGACGAUGGAUCUUACGCUGCUCUUCAUCCUCGCCGUGCUCCAAGAGGUGACGGGGUUGAAGCUGCUCGGCAUAAACGUCCCGGCAUACUCCCUUAGGGGCAAGAGUGCGCUCCUCGAGUGCAGAUACGACCUGGAAACGGACAAGCUGUACUCCAUCACGUGGUACAAGGAUCACGAGGAAUUCUACAGAUACGUGCCCAGGGGGGAGCCCAAGAAGCACACGUAUCACGUGGAGGGGGUUAAAGUUGACUAUCGGCGCUCCGAUCACCAGCAAGUUCUGCUCCAGAACGUGAGCCUGUACACCAGCGGGAAAUACAAGUGCGAGGUGAUCACAGAGGCUCCUAGCUUCAACGCGGUCAACGCGGAGGCCAAGAUGGAGAUCGUAGGUGGGUGGAAUUUAUUUAUUGGAAGCAACGUCGUGAAAAUUGUAUUAUGUACAGGAGAAGGAAAGAGAAGUAAUCGGUAGAGGAUUCGAGGAGAU